AUGCUAACAACUUUUCAUUCAUAGUCAAAACCGCUCUGGUGCUUAUAAUUAUUCCCUUUUCUCCUUUUUAACGUCACAACGCUACGAUAAUUCGUAUGCCGGUUGUUGCGUGGCGGUGAAUUGAUAAUAAGUAUCCGUAAUUUGAUAAAUAGCAUCACACCCUUCACUAGAGCUUAGAUUAGCUUUCAAGCUAGCCGAGUUGACGUAAACGUGCGCGUAACGCACGAUUUUGUCCCUGCUCGACUAUUGCGUUUAUUAAUCAAAGCGUCUGUCGUGUUUAGUCGGAGGGGAAACUCGCAAAAGUAGCUUGUGAGGGUUCUCAACAAAGCUAAGAAACAGGUGUAACACAGUCUUUGUUUGUAUUAAGGAGGUUUGUGGCUAAAAGACUGCUUGCGGUUGAGGAUCUGGGACAGGAAGUGGGCAAAUUUACUCGGAAGCGGGCAAAAUAAAACGAUCAAAGAGCAUUAUCUACACGUCAAGCCUUGAAUCUGCGCCACCAGCGCUUCACGUCAUGACGAUGGCGGACGAGUGAGAAGCGAGCCCCGCGCGGUCGUCUGUUUGCAACCCUCACACACACUUCCUCCAUGGAUUCCAGCAACGAUGACACUCUGGACAUCAUCGUCACCAACGUGGUGGCGACCUUCCGUACCAGGUGCCACCUCAACCUGCGCACCAUCGCCCUGGAAGGAACCAACGUCAUCUACAAGCCGGAGGUGGGGAAAGUCCUCAUGAAGCUUCGGAAGCCCAAGAUCACCGCAUCCAUUUGGUCCUCAGGGAAAAUUAUUUGCACUGGUGCAACGAGUGAAGAAGAGGCGAAGCUAGGCGCCCGUAGGUUGGCCAGAUGUCUGCAGAAAAUUGGCUUUAAGGUGCGCUUUUCUGCCUUCAAGGUCGUGAACGUGCUGGCCGUCUGCUCCAUGCCCUUUGCUAUCCAUCUGGUGGAUUUCACCAAGAAGAACCGGCCUAUUGCCAGUUAUGAGCCGGAGCUCCACCCCGCCGCCACUUAUAGGAUCAAAACCAUAAGAGCCACCAUCCAGGUGUUCUCCACGGGCAGCCUCACAGUCACAGGACCAAACGUGCAGAACGUGGCCACGGCCGUGGAGCAGGUCUACCCGCUCCUCUUUGAGUGCAAGAAACCGCUCUGCAAGUGAGUCUCGGUCCAGUCACGCCAAAACGGAGCGCUUCUUGUGGACUCGCUACCGUUUAAAAAGUGCACACGCUAAAAAAUCGUUCCGCCACGAUGGCGCCGAAGCUCAUUUUCUCCGUCCACGGAUCAAAACUUCUCAUCUCAUGUUCAACAGCGACAUACACUAAGUUGCUCACUUCUUGUACAUUUCUAUAUAUACUCACUGUAAAUUGUAAAUAUAUGAAUUGUGUGGUUUUUUUUUUAUGCUAACGAUUCCAGGAUUAGCCCUGUGAGUGUAUGGACAAAAUUUUAGGAUUUCCGCACAGGUUGAUACAAAGUUUCAAACUGUAAUGAUUGCCGUGACGGGAGAGCCCUUCCUAAUAUUUAUGCUAACGUGAAAACCCCAACUUUUAAAACUCGUGUAUUAUUAAUUCCCGUCAACGUAAUUUAAAUGGCAUCCAAGAUAGCUCGAUGUUUUUCCACCGCUUAAAAAUGUGUGACUUUUGUAUUUUAUAUGAAAAUAAA